GAUGAUAUUUGGGGUGCAGCAAGAUGGCUUGGACACCUUCCUGAGCAUCGAGUAGGCAGAGGCCAGUGUUACCAGCAGCAGGACGUGGCCAGAGAGUCCAUUCCCUCCGGGAGAUCCACCGUGCGCAAAGAUGUCAAUAAAUCUCUUGUUUGGACAAAGGCUGUGUCCGCCAUGGCUGUCAUACAAUUCUUCACCCUGCUUGUGCAAAGCAUCCUCUGGAACGCUCAGAUGGUCGGUGAUGAGCUGGAUGAGGCCACACGCGAGCGCAUGCAGCAGCGCGAGGAGUACCUUAGCUGGGAGAUGACUCGGCUGCUGCAGGAGCUGGAGCAGGGGACGCAGGAGCUGGCGCAGAGGACCCAGGAGCAGAGCGGCUUUGCCUGGGGAGCCCUGCUCUUUGCUGCCUUGUGGCAGUGGCAGUUCUGGGCCGUUGCUGGAGUCCUGCUCCUGCUCUUCGCGCUCUGCUGUCGGCUCAGGAAAAGGAGCCAUCAGCCAGCCAGCAGCAGCAAGGAGGCCAGCUGCAGGAAGAAGGCAGAUAAGGAGGAGCAAAAAGUAAAAUCCAGUGUUGCAGUGGAUGUGGGCAGAAUUUCGGUCAAGCGCCUCCUGGACCUGCCAGAAUCGUUCAUGAUGGUGGAUGAGAUGGUGGAUGAACUUCUUCGUAUCUGCCGAAAACUUUCCAGGAAUAGUUUUAUGCCGCGACUGAAGCCAGCUGUCGGUGUGAGAAGCGCCUUAGAAGGUUGGAGUCUCUGUGAGGAUGAUGCUGUCUACCACCUGCUCGUGCCCCUGAAGCCCCCCCGUGGGCACGCCUUCCACCUGCAGCUGGGCACCACGGGGGAGAUGCCAGCGAGGAACUCCAGGCUCCGCGUGGAGCUGGAGUGCACCUGCAUGAGGGAGCGGCUGGUGGAGGACGUGCUGUGCUUCCUGCACCACCCCGAGGAGGAGCUGAGGAAAAAUCAGGGUCCCAGCCUCCUACGUACCCUCUGCACCGGCCCCUACCUAGACAUGGAGAAAACCACCCGCUGGUUCCAGAUCCUGGUAAAAGCAGCCUGGGUGGUUUUGCCUCAGUCGAGACACUACCGUUUAACCGUGCUGCCCUCCAGGCGCUCCUGCAAGCUCCGGCUGACAAACGCUUCCGAUAGUCCCCUGCUGAUCGAGAUGAUAUUUGGGGUGCAGCAAGAUGGCUUGGACACCUUCCUGAGCAUCGAGUAGGCAGAGGCCAGUGUUACCAGCAGCAGGACGUGGCCAGAGAGUCCAUUCCCUCCGGGAGAUCCACCGUGCGCAAAGAUGUCAAUAAAUCUCUUGUUUGGACAAAG